AUGGGCCAUAUCGAUCAUGGCAAAACAACGUUGCUUGAUACUAUCUGUCAGACUAAUCUUCAAACAAAGGAAAUCGGAGGAAUAACCCAGAAAAUUACUGCUUCACAAAUAGACUUCCAGAAUAAAAAAAUUACCUUUUUAGAUACUCCUGGUCAUAGCGAUUUUAUCAAAAUGAGGCAGCGAGGAAUCUCUUUAACUGAUAUAGUAGUGUUAGUAAUUGACGCGGGAGAUGGAAUAAUGUUCCAAACAGAAGAGAUUAUUGAUUAUCUUCAUCAGUAUCAAAUACCAGUCAUUGUUUUCAUUAAUCACAAAAAACCUGAAAACACCGACAACGAAACCAACUUAAAUAAGAUCAGAGCUCAAUUGCAAGAAAAAGGCCUAACCCCCCUAGAAGAAAGUGUUGAAUACUUGUUAGAAAACAUUUUGCUGGUGGCUGAUUGUAAAUCUAACUUGUCACAUCCAACUAACGGAGUAGUAAUUGAUCACUAUCUUCACUCAAAAACCGGUUCCGGGAUAACCGAGUUGCUGGUUCAAGAUGGCAAACUCAGAGAAAAAGACACUAUUUUUCUUAACGGAAAACUUAGCAAAGUAAAAAUUAUAUAUAACUUACACGGCAAAAAAAUAGCAAUGGCUCUUCCGAGUGACCCAGUCCAAAUUAUUGGCUUAAACUCCCCAACCGAAUUAGGAGAUAGAUUUUUGGUAAUAAACAACGAGGAUACCAUAAAAUCUCUUGAAAAAGAAUUAACUCCUUAUCUAGAAAAAGAAAAUAAAAUUUCUCCUCCGCCCGUUACUAAAGAGAAAAAAAAUAUUAACUUAGUGUUGCUGGCUGAUAGCCAAAACGGGCUUGAAACUCUCACCGAACUGAUAAAAAAAAAAAAUUCUUCUGAGGACAGUUUUUGGAUAAUUCAUCGGGUAACAGGAAAACUGAAUGAUUCAUCCAUUGACUUAAUUAAACUUACUAACAGUUUGGUCUUAUCUUUUGGCCUGCAACUUAUAGUUAUUGAACGUUCGAAAGGCAAUAUUGCGGGAUGUCAAGUAACUAACGGAAAAAUUAGCCGCAACCAUCAAAUUAAAGUUGUGAGGAGAGAAAAAGAAAUCUUCCGAGGAGGGAUCAAAAGUCUACAAAUUAAUAAUGAAGACAAACUGGAAGCGAUGAAAGGUCACGAGUGCGGAAUUAUUCUUAAUGGAUUUAAUUACAUUGACAAAGAAUUUGUUACUGCCCGACCACAUGAAAGACUAAACAAAGUUUUUGAAAGAUUGCAAAAUAAUUAUCGUCACCUCGCAAUCGUCAAAAGUAAUCAGAACAUUUUAGGGGUCAUCACCUUGCAAGACAUUCUUAAUGCCUUAGUUGGAAAAAUGAAAGAUGAAAAAGACAAACUUGAGUUAAGUAAUUCUCUUAAUUCGAGCACUAAUUAA